AUGGAAGAGGAAAUCCACAACUUCAUCAAGGUUUGGGCAACCAUCUUCCUCUCCCUCUCCUUCUGCCACUACAUGGCCAAAAUCACCCCCAAGGGACCCACCAGGCUCCUCUUCAUCGCCCCAACACUCUGCCUCUUCCUCUGCCUCCCUCUCCGCCUCCACACCGUCCAUCUCGGCGGCAUGACCUCCUUCUUCAUCGCCUGGCUCGCCAAUUUCAAGCUCCUCCUCUUCGCCUUCGGCCGCGGCCCUCUUUCCCCUCCUCCUCCUUCUUCUUCCCCAAUCUCCCUCCCCCAUUUCAUCGCCAUCGCCUGCCUCCCCCUAAAAGUUUCCCCGUCGCCAAAGGUGGACGAGAACAGAGUCCGUCCGCCGCCGGAGAAGAAAUCGCCGCUCAAUUACGUCGCCAAAGCUGCGAUCUAUGUUUCCUUGUCGUGGGUGUACGAUUGGGGGGCCCACCUCCACCCGAAGUUCAUUCUAUUCGUCUACUUCCUCCACAUCUACUGCUUUCUGGAUGUUUCGUUGACGGUUUUCGGCGCGGUGGCGCGGGUCGCGAUCGGGUCGGGUCUCGAGCCGCCGUUCAACGAGCCGUACCUCUCGACCUCGCUCCAGGACUUUUGGGGCCGGCGGUGGAACCUCACGGUCAGCAGCAUCCUCCGGCCCGCGGUGUACGACCCGGCCCUGGCCCUGCUGGAGGGGGUUCUGGGCCUGAGGUGGGCCCGCCUCGCGGGGAUCUGGGCCACGUUUGUUGUCUCGGCCUUGAUGCACGAGCUCAUGUUCUUUUACCUGGGCCGGCAGAGGCCCACGUGGGAGAUCUCGUGGUUCUUCAUCCUCCACGGCGCCUGCCUGAUGGCGGAGGUCGGGGUGAAGAAGGCCGCGGAGCACGGCGGGGUGACGUGGCGGCCGCCGAGGGUGGCGGCGAACGUGGCGACGGUGGCGUUCGUGCUGGCGACCGGGUUCUGGUUGUUCUUCCCGCAGCUGAUCCGGUGCGGCGUCGACGUCCGGGGGAUUGAGGAGUACGAGGCGGCCGGCGCGUUUGUUCGGGGGUUUUUCAGGGAGAGGUUUUCGGCGGCGAGAUGGACGGUUGGGAUUUGA